UGCACAAAGCUGGGCAGUGCUGCCUGCCGUUGUUCUGCUGCAUGGACAGCGCGCGGGGCCCACAUCACCCCUGCAGCUGUGACAGACUACGUCCUGCCGCCCAAACAUCUCGAGUUCCCGCUCUCUGCACUGCAAGCCGGGGUAAUUACCAGCUACAGGCUCAGAAGCAGGGGCUGGCCCAGCACCCUCACGAAGAUUGCUGUGGUUUACUGCACUUGAAUUCCUCCCAAGAUUGCGUCUUAUCUACAGAGCAUAACUUGACAGACUGUUUGAAUACUGGGCAUAGAAAGGGUUCUGCAGUCACCAUGCUCUGGCCAUCCAACCUGAAGACAGUCUUCGCCCUCUGUGUCUCUCUUGCCUUCCUGGUCACCACUGUGGAGAGCUAUGAGUGUAUAAGCUGCUCCGGGGGACAAUGCAGGUCUAACCCGACAGCAACCUGUACCACCUCCCAAGGCUGCUUCAGCCUCCAGCAGGAAUUAAACAUCUCAGGACAGCAAAUCUUAUUGGCCCAGGAUAAAGGCUGCUCUUCGGGAGCCUGUUCUGCACUGGCCUUCUCGGUGACACUCGGGGAAAAGAGGGCAUUCCGCUAUGACCGCCGGUGCUGCGACGGCCAGCGGUGUAACAAGGAGAAUGUCACGCUGUCACUGAAGUCCUCAAAGCCCAAUGGCAUUGAGUGCCCUGCUUGCUACAAUGCAACCGGCCUGUCCUGUACCCCAGUCCAACUACAGUGCACGGGGGAAGAGACGAAGUGCAUCGAGGUGGUUGGCACAGUCACAGUCAAUCGCAUCCCUUACUUUGCCCUGUUUGGUAUGGGCUGUGCGACUGCCUCUGCCUGCCAGUUGGAUUUGAGUGUCCUGAACGGCACAAGUGUUCGUUCCUACUGCGCGGGCCCCAACAGUGGCAGCCCCCCACUGAUGUCAAUCAUCUCAGCAAUUCUGCCUGGUCUUUUCCUGCUAAAAGUCUUGCUUUGAUUUGUUUGGGCACUGGAAAGCCCAUCAGUCUACAAACUUGAAGAUAUUGGAGUCCUCAGAUGCUUUUUUUUUCCCCCAACAUUCCCCAAAAUGG